UGCUGUGUUAUGUAUGCGUACAGUGAGAGGUCAGACACACACACAUUAAAAGAGACACAACUGAGUGAUGCCUGAGAUUUAUAUUAUAAAUGUAUUGAAAAACAAAUAAUAAAAACAAAUAGUUAUUUUGAAAACAAAACUUUUUGUUUGUUUGCCAAACAAUGAUAACUUCGGUGCAAAAGAGUUCAAAGAGGCCGCCGUCGGCUUUUGCACGACUUUUAUGGCCAACCAAUGGCCACAACAACUCUGACGCCGAGUGUCUGACAUAUUCAACAUCGACUUCUUCUUCUCAAACUUCUUCUUCUUCUUUAUUGUCGCCACGACUUUGUUCCUCUCAGUUGACGCCGACUCGUCUGUUGUGUUGUUCAGCAUUUUUAGUGUCCAUCGCGUGUCUGAUUAGGACUCUGUGUUUAGAGCAAAGACUGGCCACACUUGAGGCCAAUUGUGACAGAUAUGAGACUGUUUUGAAUAAACUCAUCCGAAACUAUGAUUUAUUGGCCAUUCAGUCAAUUAAAGACAUUAAUGCCAAUUAUGAUGACAUGACUGAUACCACCACCUCUACUACUACUACCACCACAGCUACCAUUGAUGGCAUCAUCGAUAUGGAUACCAAUGUUCAUCAACAGUCGCAACGACCACUCGAUAUUAAUGUCAUCAUUGAGGAGAGUGUAAACAAAUAUUUGUCGACUGUAUCGCUGAACCGUACGAAACGAGAGACGACAUCGGAAUGCAGUUGUCCUCCCGGUCCUCGAGGCAAACGAGGAAAAAGGGGACCUCCGGGCGAACCGGGAAAUCCCGGCCCACUGGGACCACCGGGAAAACCAGGCUUUCCGGGCGCUAUCGGUAUUGAUGGACCCAAAGGUGAUCAUGGACUCAAAGGAGAUAAAGGGGAUAAAGGCGAAAGCGGUUUCGACUUAUUCACCACAACUAAGGGAGUCAAAAGGUCGGUCACCAGACUCCGUGGCGGAACAUUAGGCUAUGCAGAAGUGAUAGCAAUUAAGGGUCUAGCCUCACUUGGCAUCACACUAGCUCCCGGUGACUUAUUACUGCUCAAAGGAGAGCCAGGUCAACCAGGACCACCYGGUCCUCCGGGAUCCUCUGGACCCACUGGACUGCCUGGAUUCGAUGGUCGGGUUGGACUACCAGGUGAAUCGGGACCUCCCGGACUUCCCGGUCCGAUUGGACCAGAGGGUCCUAUUGGUCCGAUGGGUAAGGAUGGCUUGACUGGACCAAAGGGCGAAAUGGGCGCUAUGGGACUGCCCGGACAUAACGGACUAAAAGGAGAUCCAGGAGAUAAGGGCGAAAAGGGUGAUAGAGGACUGACCACAACACUGGAUGGAAAUGCAUUUCCUACCGGUUUCAUUGAAGGCCCCGCAGGACCACCCGGACCUCCAGGACCUGCUGGCCCUCCCGGCCGAAAGGGCAAAUCUGGUAAACCUGGACUUCGUGGUGAAUCUGGAGAGGCGGGAGUCAAAGGUGAAGCGGGAAUUCCCGGUGAAUUUGGACCUAAAGGAGACAUUGGACUGCCGGGCACUCAGGGCGAGAGAGGUUUCCCUGGAAAUGAUGGACAAUCGGGUCCUCAGGGACCUCCUGGGUUGCCCGGUGCUGCCGGUCAAAAGGGACAACCUGGCGAUAUGGGUCCACCAGGUAUGAUGGGACCACCUGGUUUGCCCGGUCCGCCUGGAAAGUUGGGACCCAAAGGCGAUCGCGGAGAUAAAGGUGACGCUUCGGCUACACUCGGAUUCAUGAAACAAGAUUAUGAAGCUUUCGGCGACAGAUUCGACCCCGUUGGCCGUCCCGGUCCACCCGGACCUCCCGGUGAAAUUGGACUUCGAGGACCUCCCGGUAUCAAAGGUGAUACUGGUUUUAAAGGAGAGUCAGGUGAUAAGGGAGAUGUCGGACCAAUGGGAUUACCCGGACCUAUGGGCAGUAAAGGUGAACCGGGAGACCUCACUUCAACCACUGAUUUGAUGGGUCCAGUUGGUCCGAUCGGAAAUCCGGGCAAACCUGGACGCAGAGGUGAUAAGGGUUCACAGGGAGAAAAGGGUGAUAAAGGAGAUCAGGGUGUUCCUGGACUCGAUGCUCCCUGUCCUCUAGGGGUCGAUGGACUACCACUGCCGGGCUGUGGCUCCAGACUGUUCCCUGGCCUAACAACACAACAGCAGAGAAAGUCGUCAAAGAGGUCACAAAAGAGGUCACAGAAGAAGUUGCAAUAAAUCAUCAGUGAAUAGGAGUUUUAGACUCAACUCAAGUGCUGUACAUUUAUAUAUAUAUAUAUAUA